GAAGUCAGUCAGUGUGCCAUUGCCAGCCUUGUGGUGUGUGUGUGUGUGUGCAACGGCGGCCAGUAGCUUCGCGCUAACGACUGCCACUUUUUUUCCUCACGCCGUAUCUGACAUCAUCUGCCUGGAUUUAGCGCCCUCGAUUUAUUGCCUGCGUACGAGCCUCGGAAAACGUUUUUGGAAACUGCGAUUCUUUAUAUUCUUAAAUAGUGAGCCAUACAACUAAUGAAAACUAUCAAAACGAAUCGUUUUUCUCUUUCAGGAUUUUAUCACUUUCCGAAGAGAGCGCAAAAGAAAUGACUUGGUUGAUGAUGAAUCCCCACCACUUCCAGUGUCAGUGCAUCGGCUACAAGCUAAUGCUUCUGUUUCCCCGUCUUAAAACGAAGCAGUUAGAGUUAUCAUAGUGCACCCAGUGACUGUUGGGGAAGCAUUAGUGCCCCGUCAGCUGGUACUAGUAGUUACUGUAGCCGAGUUCACCUUUGGUGGUGAAUGUGCGGAGGUGUCUUAUGUGUGUGUGUGUGUGUGUGUGUGCGUGUUUACGUUCAAGCCACCGUAUCAUUUUGUAGUCCAGAGCACCGGAGUGGAAACUCCGCAACGGCGGUGGCGGUAGCGACGCCUUCAGGGCCGCCGAUGAAGGAUUUCGUUGCCUACGGUUAGCCUGCUGCGACGCCUUGUGUGUUUGUUUUUGUCGUCGUGCAGCUCUGGUGUUUAAUAUCAGUUUUUUUUUAUUUAUUGAUUGAUUUUGUUGCCCUGGUUCCUGUCUGGCUGCUGACGAAUCAAGCCGUUGCCGUGUGGUCCACGUGGAUCUGUUGUGUUGUGCAUUACCACACCAUGAAGUGGAUUGGGCGUGAAUCAUGAGGAAACUGCAUGGGUGGCACAGCCUAGCCGGUGAGCAGGAACCACCAGCUUCCACCACCACGACCUCAAACGGCUCCCCGACGCCGUCGAUAGCCUCGCCAUCCAUCGGCCUGUUGGAGGACGACAGCAGGUGACAGCGGCAGGCCAUGCUAGACAUGGCAGGUGGGCCCGACGGGCGUCCUGCGUCUUUGAGCUCGUGGGCGUCUGGGUCGACCUAUACCUCCUCCUGUAGUUGGCACUCGGCGUACACGCCGCCCCCGUUGGCCGCCCAAGAUGGGGACAACACGCACCAGUGGUCGAACCCCGCAGGUAACAACCCGUCUGCUUGGCCACAUCCGCCGUGCGACGAUUCUCCUUGGUCGUUGCCUCUGGAAAUGGCUGGAGUAGGCUGGGGAGAUGGGAUGCCCGGGUCGCCCACCCCGUCGGACACUGCGGUAUUGGUAAAGGCCGCCAGGGCUCGAAGGCCGUCGGUGGUGGCGGCGUUACUGACGGUGCACGGUCAUCCUCCUAACCUGUCUCGAUCCAUGUCCACCCCGGCUGACCAACAUCAUCAGAUCAGCCGCCACAAUGAUCACCAUCCUCACUAUACGACGGUAGAUGCCGGAGCCUUCUACAAGUACUACGAGGGCACGGUGCUGGGCGCCUCCCCGACCCUAGACCAGGCGAGUGCCAGCGUUGAUGAAGGUGGCAUCAGUGGCACAAGUGGAGACACUAGUCACAAUAACAGCAAUGUGUGUGGGGGACUGGUGGGGGGUCCCCUGUCAUCCCUGGCAGUGGCAGUGCCAAGUAAAUUAGAGGGACUUCUGAAGUUGUUCGCCCAGUCGUUGCACCUCGUGUUGGCUGCCAUGUGUUCCAGGUGCGCAGAUGACAUCAGGAAAGCACGACGAAAGGACCGCGAGUGUUCGGCGGCCCAAGAGCAGGAGCACAAAUUGUACCUGGAGGAGGCGGUGCUGGAACGUAAGAUACCCGAAACUGACCUCCGACAACUUGUCGAACUUCCCCCGGGGUUGGGGUACGAAGAGUGGCUCGCGUCACACACAAUUGACUUCUUUCAACACAUCAACUUACUGUAUGGAACAGUAAUUGAAUACUGCACGAUGAGUGGUUGUCCAGACAUGACAGGACCUACUACGCGACAGUAUUUGUGGUUUGAUGAGAAGGGGAAGAAGACUAGAGUGGCUGCACCUCAGUAUGUAGAUUAUGUCAUGACCUUCACGCAAAAAACUAUUAAUGACGAGUCCAUCUUUCCCACCAAGUUUGAAAACGAUUUCCCUGUAUCAUUUGAAUCGAUAGUUAAGAAGAUACAUAGGUUGCUGUUUCACGUGUUGGCGCAUCUAUACCACAGUCACUUCCGUGAAAUGGUAUUGCUGAAUUUACAUGCACAUCUCAACUGUAUCUUUGCACAUUUUAUACUCUUCAAUGAAAGAUUCAGACUUAUUGAUGAAAAGGAAACAGAAGUAUUGAAAGACUUAGUAGUGGCAUUGAAGCUCCACCCAGAAAGUGAAUCCUCAGCUGCCUCUACCACCACCACCACCGCCUCCAUUACCACUGCAACCACCACCACUACUACUACUACCACUACCACAUCCAGCUGUAGUCAGUUAGGUGACCCUGAGACUAGUGCUAGUCCAACCAACAGUAGUAGCAAUGCUACCACCACACCUGCCAUGGGUAACAACACUUUAUCCUCGGAUGGUGAUUGUGGUAGUUGCUCAACCCCUCAGGAGCAACAAUCGUCGUGCCCAUCAGAUACUACUGCAGUCAGUAGCAACAGCAGUAGUGGGUUAUUAUCAGCACUGGGAGAUACGGCGGCGGGGGGGUCAGGGCCUCCACUCUUGGAUGCGGGAGCAGCGCUAGAUACCCGGCCAUAGUAACGUGUGGAAAUAGUGAAGCAGUGUAUGCGGGUACCGUGGCCUGGCCCCCUCCCUAUGCCCCUGCCUUGUGGUGUGGUGGGCACACAUUGGUGCAGCACCUUAGCCUUAUCCAUGUGUGAUGAUGGUGUCAUCUGUCUAUGGCUGGUGGUGGUGAGGCCAGGCUGGGGUUCCUAGGGAUAUGUUGUGUACAUAUGUGUUGUAAAGUCCCUAGAUCAUAACUGUUGCUAUACAAAUACUAUUUAUAUUUAUCCUGCGUUAUCACAUGAGCACACAUUCACCAUAAAGUGCAUUGUUUUCACCUAGACUCGUGGAGAGCAAGUCGGCAAAGGUGAACACAUGGCCAUCAGCAAAGCUUUUAAGUAGUUGCAAAACGAUUGUCAAGAAGAGUUUAUUCAUGCAAAACUUUAUUCUUGUGAUUCAAGCCAUUUUGGACAAAAAUUAGUUUCAUUAUUAUUAUAAUUUUAUUAUUACAUCAUCAAGAUUUUGAAGUUUGGUUUGACUAAACAGAAUAUUGGUGUUUGGUUCAUGUUUUUGCUUGACAGGAAAAUGCUUUUCAUUAAUGCAGUUAAAAAUUUUGUGAUGUUGAAAGGAAGUUUCCUGGCAAGUUCAUUUUUCCCUUCUCUUGUUAUGUAAGUAGGCUUCUUAAGUCCUUACUAGUCGACAUGUGAUGAUGUGUUUCCUGUUAGUUUUUCCAUAUGCAGUACAAACUUCCCCAAGAAUGUUUUAGUUGUAAUUCAUUCUUCCUUUCUUCCUACCUUCCUUUUAUUAUUUUUAUUGUUAUUUUGACUUGGUUCACAUAAAGAGCACAGAGCAUUUAUGUUUAUUAGUUACCAGUCCACUUAACAAUUUUAUUUUGCGUGAAAUGCACAUAAAAACCUUUAUGUCAAACCAUUUCCCAAGUAGCCUGGAUGGUUUGAUGUAUUACCUUUCUUUGUUAACUAUGUACUUAAUUAUAGAGCCAGAAAGGGAUUUUGGUGAUACAAAAAUAUAUUCCCUAAACAAAACUUGCUAAGAAUUACCUCAGCAAAUUUGAAGCAUAAGACACUAUACUGGUUAGCUUUAGCAGUUUUAGGAGUCAUGCAUACUCUUGAGUGACACAUAGAAGAAACUUCCCAAAUAGCUAGGUAAUUUAAAGACAAUAGUGUCUCAGUAAUCAGCAUUGUUGGUAUCCCUGUAACACUGCAUCUCCACACCAAGUCAUGCUGUUGUUGCUGAAUCCAGUUCGAGGAGAUACUACUUAUUUUGAAUGAUAGAAGUGAACCUGGGUGGAUAUCAGCAUGGCUGUUUAAAGUGAAUGGUAUUUUGAAGAAUUUUGAAUUUGUGUUGUAUAGUAUUGUCUACAACACCUUUGUUUAUUAUUUGAGACAUUCUCUUUGGGUAAACAAUGUAAAAAUGUACCAUACAAUUUAGUUUUUUGUGUGUUGAUAUUCUCAAAGGUAAAAUAAUGAUUUUUUGAAGGACUUGAAAGGAAAGUCAAUGUGGAGAUGCUGUGAUUGGGAACCCAACCUGAUUAAAUAAUAUCUUAACUGUCCCAACCUCCUUUUUCUUCCCAUAAUUAAAUAACUACUGCUAGACCAGUUUGUUGCAGGGAAUUUAUUUGUCCUAGUGAAUUAUUAUGUAAUGUGUAAUUAUUUAUUUUUAUUCUUGUUUGUUAGCUUGAUCAAUUCUAAUCCAGAUUAUAGAUCUUGCAGGCAAGGAUUGAUGGAGUGAUAUGCUGAAUAUAGUAGAUUGUAUAUGCUGAUGUUGUUUGCCUAGUGAAAUAUUAUUGAUGACAGGUAUAUUCCUUUAUAAGUUUGACUGAUAUGUAUAUAAUGCAGAGUUGUUAUGAUGAUGAUCCUAGUGGUAAGAAGAGUCACAACCCUGGCAUGACUAUUGUUGUGUGUUAGGAGCAAGCCCCCAGCAUUAGUGUGCUAAUUAAAAAAAUAAGAAUAAAAGCCCAGGGAAGCUCGCUUCUCUUGUGCGUUUUGCUAUGAUAAGACAGCGAGCAUAUCAUACUUGUAAUUUCUUUUUCUAAGCUUUCCUGAGCAUCAUUUGCUAACAGCUUGAUGUUGCAAAUUGAGAUUGGUGAAGUGGUUGUGUGUGUUUGGUAGCUAACCUGGUCAGGUAGGAGCAUUAUAUUAGGUUGCAGGUUCUACCAGAACCCAUCUAAGCACUUUGACCUUCCUCAGCUUCACCUUGCUAAGAAGCUUUAUGACUCAGGAUUGGACUUGCCCCUAACGUUACGUUAAAUAGCCAAAUUAUUGUCAUCCAAUUCUAUUAAGCAAUUGUAAAAAGGUGAAGUAAUGUUUGAAUGCCCUCCUUCAGGUUAAAACAAAUGAAAAAAAAUUUACUGUAAGAAAAAGUUUCACUCCUGUGUUAUUAUGGUCUUUAUUGUCUUUCAUCUAGUUCAUACAGCUCUUGGUUAGAACUGUUAACAUAUAUUAAAUAAUAAUGAUAAUAAUAGUAAAAGAUAUGUUGAUGAUGAAGGAUAGAAAUCCAUUUGUCAUAUCCUCCAUGCCUUCCUAUAAUUUGUGUCAGAGCUAUUAUUUCAAUUUAUUGAAGAGAAGAAUGACAUUUUCUAUUAGAGUGAUAUUGUGAAUAAUGUUAAAAAAUGGCAGGUAACAAGCAUUUUAUUUGUUUACUGACUCCGUGAUAAAGUAUAUGUGGAAUGUAUGCACAGAAAUGGAAGGGGGUGGUUUUAGGGUGAUGGCCUGUGUAAAAAUUAAAAUAAAAAAAAAAUAGCAGAGGCUCUAACAGUCUGGUAUCUUAAAAGUUAUGUUAGAUUUGGUUGUGUACUACUGAAGAGAUUGAGAACAACACAGACCUUCACACUAACACCAGUGGUAGCAAAAAAAUUUAAAAGCUAGUCAAUGCCCCCUUAGUGAUUGAGCCAAUCUCUUUUAUGCCCAGUGUUAUUUCUCUCUUUGGCCUCCCUCCACCACUAUUGAAUAGCAGACUUUUAAGGGGUAUUAGGGAUUCCAUUCUUGUUACCGGAUAAUUGGUGGAAAUCUCUAAACUUUACAACACCUAUGAGUUUAUUGUGAAUAGGGCAUUAACUAUCAUUUUGCACUAAAGAGCAACCUUUGUAUCCAAAAGUUAAAGUGGAAAUCAGUUCAAUUUUAUACAAUAGUGUAAUUUGGUACUGGCUAAGGGGAUUAGGGUGGGUGGGGAAUGAAUCAUUACUUCACUAUUGUAUUUUUCAUUGUUGAAUUUCUUUUGCCUUUUACUUAUUUACUUUUUUAUACAUAUAGUGUAAGCAGGUGAAGAAAGAGAUCCUGGGCUGUCUGCAAGUGCUUGUAAUGUGGGGGUUUGGGGGUGGGGGAUGAAGGUAAGGUGUUGGAGAGGGUGGGAGUGAGGGGGGCCUUAAGGGUCACGCCUAAAGCAUUAGUAGAGAGCGGCGUGCGUAUGUUGGUUAUUCCUUGUGAUACUCUUGAUCCUCUAUGAUCAGCUUAGUGAGACAGGAAAUGUUUUAAGGAAUAAUUAUUAUUGCAAAAAUAAAUAAUAAAAUAAUUUGCACUGAAA